AUGGCUUCUGCCAUUGAAGAUGAGGUAUGCUAUGUUUUUUCGCCCAAUUCUGAUAGUGCUCCUCUCAAUUUUGCAUCUCCAAUUCAUGUCAGCCCGAAAUCUUCUGUGCGUUCCGAAUUUCAAAAACCUCGUGUUAAAAUCACACAUGAUGAUAUUCGAGAUGAGAUUCAAUUUUGGGAUUCUUCUGUGGUUUUUUUUGUUUUGGGGGCAAACCCACCUUCACAUGUGAUUGAUGGUUUUGUUAGAAGGAUUUGGGGGAAAUUUGGUGUUGAUAAGGUGGUAGCUCUUGGAAAUGGGGUGCACAUAGUACGAUUUACUACCACUGAAAACAGAGACAAAGUCCUUAGCAUGGGAUAUCAAUUUUUUGAUAAGAAACCUUUUGUGGUGAAACCAUGGGAGCAGUCUAUGAGUGUUAAUAAGGAAGAUAUUAAGUCGAUCCCUAUCUGGGUUCAAUUGCCUAAACUGAAUCUCAUGUAUUGGGGGGAGAAAAGCUUGUACAAAAUUGUGGGAAUGGUUGGCAAACCUCUGAGAAUGGACAUGGCCACUAAGAAAAGAGAGAAACUGCAAUAUGCAAGAGUGUUGGUUGAGGUAAGUAUGUCUCAAGUGUUUCCUGACUCUGUGGAGUAUGAGGAUGCAGAUGGUGUGGUGGUUACUCAACCCAUUGUGUAUGAGUGGAAGCCAGUAGUAUGUGAAACUUGUAAGGGAAUGGGGCACUCUGCUGAUGUGUGCACUAAGAAGACCAAGCCAGUUUGGAGACCCAAAGUGGUACAACAACACCCUUCUAGACAAGAGGAGGGGGGUUUUUCAGGUGGUGACAAGGAGCUUAAGGCCAAUCAGGACUAG